AGGAAGGGGAGAAAAGCCCACACGGGUACGUGCCUCUCUUGGGUCCAGUGCGUUGCGCGAUUUCGCGGUGAGAGGACAGAAUUGCACAAGGAGCUCAGGGAAACUUGCUCGCAGGUCGCACGCACAUCGUCCCAAACGUCGAUCCUGGCUUUCGUCCCGCCCGGCCCCACCCAAUCGAUACCGUCUCGCUCUUUCGCCGCGCGCGAGAUCAAACGGCGCGAUCUUGAACAACCGUCCGACCUCCGGGUUUCGGCAUGGCUCCGGCAAUCAAGAUCCUCGUCCUGGCCUGCGCCCUGCUCGCCGCAGCGAUGGCCGCCGAGUCGGACAACGAGGGGAAGCAGCAAUCCUCCGGCAGAUCGCGGGUCUCCGACGAACAACUGAAUAUGGCCCUGAGCGACAAACGUUACUUGAACAGACAGCUUAAGUGCGCCCUGGGAGAGGCGCCGUGCGACCCCGUCGGACGACGUUUGAAAAGUUUAGUGCCGCUGGUUCUGAGAGGCUCCUGCCCGCAGUGCAGCCCCGAGGAGACACGUCAGAUCAAGAAGGUCCUUUCUCACAUUCAGCGAUCCUUCCCGAAGGAGUGGAACAGGAUAGUACAACAAUACGCCGGAGUUCCAUAAACGAGAUAUGAUAUAAGCGCGCCAGCCACGGCGAGGCUGGGUGUACAGAAUAUAGUGGCGGAAUACGCGAAAGGAUACACAAUGGACCGUCUACGGGGGAGACCGUCGAUCGCACUCGUUCAUUUAAUAUUAUUGUUAACGAUGGCACGGGAGAUAGAUAUACAUUUAAGUUAUCAAGAUUUGUUUAUCUGUAUUAUCCGUUAUGAGAUGCUGCGUACGUGUAAACUCUACUCGCACGUUUCGUGUAUUCCAUGUUAAAUAAAGUUUGCCGUCUUGUCGUUUUUAAUUUUAAA